AUAUUGAGUGCGAUUCGGUACGACGACACGCAAACGGCAUGGACCUCAAUCCAGAACAAAACGUAAUAAAAACGCCAAAGUUGAACUUCACCCCAUAUGCUAAAGGCUUGGGCUGGUUGUAUUUCGAGUGCUUGCGGAAUAACAGGGAUAAAAUAGCACAGAUUGAAGGUCACACCGGUCAAAGAGACACGUUCGGGCAGCUCCUCGACCGAUGCAUUCGAGUAACUCUGGCGAUGAGAGCUAUGGGCCUCAAACCGGGAGACAUCGUGUCGCUCUGCACCUUCAACCAUCUCGACAGCUGCGUGCCGCAGAUCGCCUCACUUUUUCUCGGCGCCGUCGUCUCGGGGGUCGAUCCCACCUUAACAUCCAACGAAAUAGCCUUCCUGCUAAGGCAAGUGAUGCCCAAAGUGAUAUUUGUGCAAGAAGAUUGCGUGGAAAAAGUCGAAGGUGUCCUGGAGGCAAUUGGCUCGAAGGCGACAAUCGUGGUCUUCGGUGGUCAUUCGCGGCACCUUUCCUUCUCCGACCUACUCGAGGGUCAUUCGCGAGUGGAAGACUUUAAACCGAGAACAGCCGAAAAUCUGCACGAGACGGUUUUCAUAUUCUUCAGCAGCGGAACAACGGGCCAUCCCAAGGGUAUAUGCCACAAUCACUACUCUCUGAUGCACCAUACGAGCAAAAAAGGAAGUGAACAAGAGCCUUCGGCUUUGAUAGUCGCAUUCGCAUCACCUUACUGGAGCGUGUUUAUAUUAAAUUUACAUUAUAGCAUAGUGGAGGGAGUGACCAGGUUAGUCUACCCCAGAUAUGACCCUGAUAAUGCAUGGCAGAUGUUUGACUAUCCGCUUACAUUCGCAUUUCUGAACGUGACACAAAUGCUGAUCAUGCUGGACCAAGGGCGACCCGAAAACGUUCGAACUGACAGCUUAGCCGCAAUUAUCAUAGGCGGCGAUGCACCGCCCAAAGAGAAACUGCUAGCAAUGAGAGCGAUGUUCCCAAACGCUCUUGUUUGGCAAAGUUAUGGCCAAACCGAAAUUAUGACGGCGAUCACAUACUUCAAUCCCACAAAUCCGAAACACCUCAGAUUUAUUGGUGAGAAGCCGUCGUCCGUCGGCUGUGCCGUACCGGGAAUGUGGUACAAAAUUGCAGACAUCGAAACUGGCAAAGUGCUGGGCCCGGACACUCCCGGCGAACUUCGCGUUAAAACCGAAUUUCAAACCAGCGGCUACCACAACACUGACUCGUCCGGAAUAUGGGACGAUGACGGCUGGCUGAAGACUGGCGACCUCGCCUACUACGACCAGGACCUCUGCUUUUACAUCGUCGGACGUGUCAAGGAAAUGUUUAAAUUCCGCGAAUGGCAUAUCGUACCCACAGUUCUUGAGGAAAUCCUGACCAGUCAUCCGGCCAUCGCAGGCGCGGCGGUUAUUGGUGUUCCGCACGAGAUGGACAGUCACCAUCCCAUGGCCGUGGUAGUACUAAAACCUUCGGGCGAAAAAACCAGCGAGGUGGAGAUCCAACAAUUUUUGGAGAGGAGAGUCAACGACCGCCAACGGCUUCGGGGAGGAGUCAAGUUCGUCUCCCAGCUGCCGUUAACGCCCACAGGAAAAAUCAACAGAAAACAAGUUAGGGAAAUGUUCGUCGGAUUGUGUCAAUAAAAUAAAAUUUUCCAAAACUCUGGAGUGUCAAUGUCAGUGACUGACAUUUCAGAGUAUAAUGUAUACAAAUUUUGCAAAUGAAGCAUGUUGAAAAUGUUAAUAAACUUUAAUUCUGCGUUACUCGCUCCUUGCAUUUGAACGUGGUUACUAGCUGAUGAGAGAGCCUCUCACUGUUGCGUAACGUUAGUGUAUACGUUGACAAACAGAUAAUAUCUUUGAAAAUUAAUUUAUUGGAUUUACACUUACAAGCAAUGUAACAAAUAGGUACUUAAUAUAAGAACUAAAAAAAAUGGCUUAUAUAAACUUAUAUAAACACUCAUGUGAACC